UCAUUCAUACAUAGAAAAAAAAAACUUCUCUCAUUGAUUUGAAGCAGACACCUCUUCUUCCUUAAAAGGAAAAAAAACACACACACAUAUUAAAAACCUUUCACUUCACUCCCAUCACCCAGCCACCUAAACUAACCACCAUGUCCGGCGGCGAUUCAUCUAGGGUUCCGAUUCCAAAAGACGUCCGUAAAUCAAUUCAUGAAAUCAAGAAAACCCACCCAAAAUACGCCGACGAUUUCAUCCACACCAUACUUAAAGACUCCAGUUUCAACAAAACCGAAUCCCUCAAACGAUUAAAUAUGAUUCAUGACGUCACUGAAAUCGCCAGAAAACAUAGCUGUGAUGAUGUUUAUACAAUGCUUAAGGAAUGUAAUAUGGAUCCUAAUGAAUCUGCUCAACGCCUUCUUUAUAUCGAUACUUUUCAUGAGGUCAAAAAGAAACAAGACAGGCGGAAAAAUAUAAACGUUGAUACUGCUGAAGACUUUAGACGGACCCGGGGUAACCAAUUGCGGGGAGCUAAUGGUGGACAAGGGACUGUUUACUCAUCAAAUGCGUUAGAUGAUGUUGGAGGUGGGAGAAGUUUUAAUUCAGGAAGGGAAAACGGAACUUUUAAUCGUCUUGAGAGGCUUUCAAGGCCGAUCUUGCCAGUUCAUUCCGAAAAAAUGAGCGUUGUACAUGUGGCGAAAUCUGAUGCCAAUAUCAAUAGCAUACCAGCUAUGCCUAAUGGGAGUUAUAUCUCUAAGCUUGCACUCAAACCGACAGAUAUUGGAGGUGGGAGAAGCUUGAGUUCUGCAAGGGAAAAUGGGGCCACCAAGCUCCCUGAGAAGGUUUCGAGACAGGCAUUGCCAGUUCAUUCUGAAAAAGUAAACUGUGCGGUACAUGUGGCAAAAACUGAUGGCAAUGUAAAUAGUAAACCAGCUAUGUCCAAUGGGAGUUACCUUUCUAAGCUUGCAUCCAGAAGAUCUGCAGAUGUCUCGUCAUCUACUUCAGAUCCUGUUGUUUCCCAGAUCACUAAGCACAAUUGUCCUGUGGGUACCAUAAACUGUGAGAUUGUAAGACGUAGUGUACCCAGUGUAUCAAAUGGCAGAAGUCCAAAUGGAAUGAAGUCUAGUGCUAAAGAAUCAGCCUCUGCUAUCAUUCCAGUCAUUGCAGAAGCUCCAGAUGUCUCAAGCACAAGGGGGUUAGAAUCUAAUGUAGUUGAAAAGGAUCGGAUUCCCAAGUCCUUGCAGCCACCUUUGUUGUCCAUCCAUAAUGAUUCACAUGUUGUCAUUUCCAGUUUGGAUACCCACCCUUCUCAGAUAGUAAAUGAACCCCAAAAAGUUGCUGCUUCUGAGCAGAUGACUGUGUCCGGUGCUGAUUCUCAUGUGGUUCCUGAAGCAGAAUCUGAGUUGAAAACAUCAGCUCCAAAGCUUGAUGUGAUGUUAGAGAAGUUGGCCAUAUCUUCUCAUCAGCCUGUUAUUUUUCCUGAUCAUCUCCAAGUCCCUGAUAAUUUUAGAAGCUUGUUCACAUUUGGAAGUUUGGACGCUGCUUCUGAUGAUUCUAGUCCUCUAUCUGUGAUUGAAUCUUCUCAGCAAAAUGGUGAAGUUAUCACAGAACCUUUUUCGAGCAAUCAAGAUGUUUUCCCAACAGCUCAGGAAGGUGAAUCGCAAGAUUUUCCACUACCACAACUUUCUGAACAAGUAAUGCCUUUUGAAGAUAACUCAUCCGAUCCUCCUGUAGAACAUGAGAAUACAGAGCUGGAGUCUACUUCCCCUACUGCAGGAUUUCAAAUUCCAAUUCAACUUUCUGAACAAGUAUUGCCUUAUGAAGAUAAAAUCUCAUCUGACCCUCCUGUAGAACAUGAUUCAAAGCUGGAGUCAACUCCCUCUACUGCAGGGUUUCAGAAUCCAGUUCUACCACCUAGCUUUGGUUAUAUGCCGCAUGUGAUUGGUCCACAUUUUGUACAACUCGAUGUACCCGAGAUUCAGAGUGGGAGUUCUGUAUCUGCGUCUGUGUUGGGCCCAACACCUACAACACAAGCUGUAAUGGCUGGUCAGGGUUCCAUGGCAUUAUCUCCACCCCUGUUUCCUUAUUUCAGACCACCAUAUCCAAGCUACAUUCCUUAUAAUCCAUACUUCCCACAUAUGUAUUUGCCACAAAAUGCGCACUUGUUGAACCAUGGUGUGUUUCCUCUGCAACCACCUACUGGCAACGUACAUCUACAGGCAGUGGCAGGAGGGAAGUUCCCUGCUUCACAGUACAAACAAUCAAAUAAUGAAGAUCUUAAUGUAUCUCAGCCAAAGGAGAACAAUACUCACUCAGCUGUUCAGCAGGUUGAUGAUGCACAAGUUUGGGGUCCAGCAGGUGGCAGGGAUGCACCCAUUUUAGUGCCCAACUAUUUCUACAACUUCCCUCAAGGACAACACAUGGCUUUCUCCCCUUUACAUGCAGGGCUUUAUCAUUCUUCCCAAACAAUUACUGCUCAAUCUACUGUAGGACCGCUUGUGUAUCAAUCUCCUUCCACCAGUGGGAACAUUGAACUAGUGGUGCAACCUCCUGGCUCUCACCAACAGUCCCAGUAUGCACCACAGAUAAACUCAAACUCUGCGUUACCGAAUAGAGAGACCAAUUGAUUGUAGUUGUAUUAGUUCCUUCAGGUUUAUUUUUGGGAGAAAAUAGAAUAUAUUUGGGGCUAAUCUGAGUGUAUAUAUACAAAAUUGUGCCCCGUGAUUUUAAACGUGAAAGCACAUCCGAGUGACUAGAGUAUAUUUUAGGGUGCCAGGCUUCAUAUCAUGUUAUCAAAUGUGUCAUGUUGAACCUUUUAAAGGCAGAGGUAGGAACUCAGGUGGGGAGUUUUGGGUAGGCAUCUUUUACUCUUUUGUUGUCGAAUUGUAUAUCAAAAAUUUAGUCAGAAUGGAAGAGCUAUGUUAUGUUGGAA